AUGAACGUCAACUUCGAUUCGAGUGGAGGCGACGCCCUCUUGGACCUCUCCUCCUUCGACCAGCGGGACCGGUUUUCCUACGCCUCGCAAAUCCCCUCGUCCCAGAAUAGCCCCCAGAGCGUCACCAACAUGCCUGCUCCGAGGAUCUGGCCCAUUCCUCUCGAUAUGGCCUCCAACGUUGCAGCCUCGAGCCCCCCUGAGGACCACCACGCCCAGUCGCCUUCACAUAGCUCAUCACCUCUGAGCCAGCACUCGCAACACUCGCCUUAUCAACAACCUGUCAACUCGUUAACCGACUGGGCCCUUCAACAGCACCAGCAUCAGCAUCAACACCAACAACAGCAGACGCCCCAUGGACUGCCCGACUACUCUCAGUUCGUCUCUGACGCCUACAUGCCCGUCACCUACAACCCCUAUGCCCCAGGCUUCCAGACAAAUCCCAUCGACUUUCUUCCGGCAACGACCCAGGCCUUGCAGGCCGCAAACUUCCAGCUCGCAUCCGCCUUCAACACCAUGCCGCCCAUGGAUGAAACUGUUCCCGCCAUGAACUGGAGUCUGGGAAUGGAAAGCUGGCACGAUAUUCAGGCUGCCGCCUCGGCUCUCCAGAUUGAGGGGCUGUCACAUAGCAUCGGCAGCAACUCGCCGACGGGUACCUUUCUCGAGGUCCUGUCUCUGCCCAGUUCCAGCAACGGCGAGGGUUGGUCAAUGGUUGUCGAGCAGGGUUCCGGAGCCGGAUUCGACCAUUUCCAGCAGGCCCAGCCCAACGCGGCUAUUUUCAACCCUGGCCAGACCCUGCACCUGCGAACCAACUCGGACUCGUCGGACGGCGCCAAUUCGUUCGAGCUUGGCAGCUAUGAGGAAAUCGCCCCGUUCCCCAUCUCGCCCUUUUCACCCGAGUCUGAUGGAUAUGUCGAUGCGGGAUCGCACCGGAACUGCUUCGGAGACAAUCACGCCCACGCUCACAACCACGCUCAUGCUCACGCUCAUGCUCACAACCACGACACAGUCAGUCCCGCAGCUGCAGUCCCUCCCAUGCAAAUCAAGAGUUCGGCCACGCCGCCCCGCCCGACGCCCGCUAGCGGCUCCGGCGCCACGUCUCCCCCCAUCCUCACCACCGCCCGCAGGAACUCGGGACAGAGAAGGAGCCCCGUCACCGGCAAGGCUACCAAGGCUGUCAUCCGCCGCACUUCAACCGGCAAGAAGGACGGCACGGAAGUGAAGAAGGUUGGCCGUAGAAAGGGCCCUCUUCUUCCCGAGCAGCGCAAGCAGGCCAGUGAGAUUAGAAAGCUCCGGGCCUGCCUGCGUUGCAAGUUCCUGAAGAAGACGUGUGACAAGGGCGAGCCCUGUGCUGGUUGCCAACCGUCUCACGCCAGACUCUGGCAGGUUCCUUGCACCCGCAUCGACAUCAAGGACAUCGGCUACUUCAUGAAGGACUGGAAGGCCGACUACGAGCGCCACCUUGGCCGCGGUGUCUCAGUCUACAACGUCAAGGGCUUCGCCCAGAACGAGACGGUCAUGUGGAUCACGCACGGUUACGGCUUUGCCCUUCCCGUCUAUGUCCGCGAGGUUUACGUUGCCGACGAGAGCUGCUUCCAGGUUGACUGGGUUGAGUCUUGUCUGACCGACCAGGAGCCCAUUGACUUUGAGCUCCGCACCGAGAGGCUCGAUGUCGGUGCCAAGGGUGUUUCCGUCGAGGCUCUGUCCGACUACCUUGACAAGCACAUUGAUGGCGGCUUCGAGGACUUUAUUCAGGAUCACUUUGAGGGCACUCCCUUUAUCACGGAGAUCCUCAAGACGGCCCACCGCUACUACGUUAAGGAGCGCAUGCCCGUCAUCCGCAAGGCUCUCAAGCUGGUCCUUGCCUACAACCUCACCCUGCACAUCACAAUGGUGGAGAACCAAGGCGAGGAGGUCCCCCUCGAUGGCCAGAUCGACGAUGAGGAUUCCAAGUUCUACGGGAAGACCGUCGCUCCCGUCAUGAUCAACUUCCAGAUCAAGUGCGCCAUGGCAGACAUGUGGCGUGAGCUGCAAAAGGAGAUUCUCGAGGAGCUGUCUGCUUUGUACUCGAGCGUGUACAGCGGAGAGCGUCUCAAGAACUGGCCCACCAUCUUCAUGCUGGCUUCCAUUCUCCUUGCCGUAUGGGAAGAGAUGCAGUUCGACUGCCACUACCGCGUGCCCGACCCGGCCGCUGUCAACAAGUUUUGCAACGACAUGGAGACCACUCCCGUCGGUGUCAUUGUUGGCCUUUUCCAUGCCAUCUCUCAGAAGCUCCCCGCCUUUAUGGACUGGGACACUGCCAAACACGGCCAUCUCCUGAACAACAACGUUGCUGUCUGCGAGGCCAUGACGGAAGUCCGCCAGCAUGUCAUUAAGCAUGAGGCAUACUUGCGCACGCGGCCUGAUGCCAGCUUUGACCGCAAUGACUUUGACUGCCUGUCCAACAAGUUCUUGUCGAAGCUCGUCAUCCGGGCCAACUGA